AUGGGAAGAGCCGGGGCCGGGCCGGGAACACUGUCUGAAUCUGCCUCCACCAGCCCGGGCUGCUCGCCCCUGGCUAGCGGCCCCACCGCGCGCGCGCUUGAGCUUCCCCAACUUUCACAUUCCCAUCAGCCUCGUCCGUUCUGCUCCUCCACAAACCACAAACCACAAACACCAACACCAACCUGCGCACGUCGCCCACUUCUGCCGUAUCAGAAAACUCGCUCAACAACAGUGGGGCAAAACAAAACGACAAGCGCGAUGGCGGCACAGGACGCGCCAAAGCUGCUGUGGAACCCAGACAACGUCAAAGACGUCGCCGAGUCGGUCGGCAUCCCCAACCUCCACGACGAUGCCCUGCGCUGCCUGACCCAAGAUGUCGAGUACCGCAUCGGUCAGGUCCUCGUCGAGGCCCUGCGCUUCAUGCGCGCCUCCCGCCGCACCACCCUGACGGUCAAUGACAUCAGCACCGCCCUCAAAGCCCUCAACAUCGAACCGCUCUACGGGUAUGAUUCGACGCGUCCGCUGCGAUAUGGCGAGGCCAGCCUGGGUCCCGGCCAGCCGCUGUUUUACAUUGAGGACGAGGAGGUAGACUUUGAGAAGCUCAUCAACGCUCCUCUGCCCAAAGUGCCGCGUGAUAUGAGCUUCACGGCACACUGGCUCGCCAUCGAAGGUGUCCAACCCUCCAUCCCGCAGAACCCGACGACGGCCGAAUCGCGAAGCCAGGAACUCGUGCCCAAGGGCCCCGGCGCCAACCCUGCCCUCGCCGCCCUCGCCGGCAACGACAGCAUCUCCUUCCGCCCCGCCGUGAAGCAUGUUGUCUCGAAGGAGCUCAUUCUCUACUUCGAAAAGGUCCAGAACGCCAUCCUCGACGACAACCCGGACGAGGAGGUCGUGCGCCUCCGCCACGCCGCCCUAGAGUCCGUCCGCGACGACCCGGGCCUGCACCAGCUGAUCCCCUACUUCAUCAACUUCGUCGCCAACCAGGUCACCCACCGCCUCGACGACGUCUUUACCCUGCGCCAGGCCAUGGAGCUCACUGCCGCCCUCAUCGCCAAUACCAAGCUCUACCUCGACCCCUACGCCAACGCCAUCGCCGCCCCUGUGCUGACGUGCAUCCUCGGCCGCAAGAUUGGCGCCGAGGACGGCGCCGACGCCAUGCGCGAGCAGUACCAACUCCGCGAGUUCUCGGCCUCCCUGCUCGGCCAGAUCGCCCGCAAGUACGCCGCCUCCAACAACUUGCUCCGCCCCAAGCUCGUGCGCACCUGCCUCAAGUUCUUCAUGGACCCGGACAAGCCCCCGGCCACCCACUUUGGCGCCAUCACCGGUGUCGCCUCCGCCGGCGGGCCCGAGGCCGUCCGCGUCCUCGUGCUCAAGUGCCUGCGCGCCUACAACGACAACAUCCUGCAGCCGCUCAGGGACCGCGGCGAGGGCGUCGAGUUCGAGAUGCUUGUCGGCGGCAUCCUCAAGGCCAUCGCCACCAUGAUCGAGGACGAGCGGGUUGCCGUCAACGGCAUCAACGGCACCGCCAACAACUACGCCACCGAGCUCAACGAGUUCAUCGGGCCCAUCCUGGGCGAGCGGCUCAACAGCCUGGGCAACCGGAGGCUGAUCAAGCACGUCCUGGAUGCUAGAAACAUAGAAUAGCAUGGUUCCCUGGUGUUGUGCGCAUACAAGAUUUUCGGGAAGGCGUCAACGGCGUUUGGAUCAGGCAGGGCAAAAAAUUGGGUCCGGGAGGCAUACCAAGAUUAGUUGCGACGCGGUUUAUAGAUGACAUUCAGCAUUCAAAUUGAUUCUCUCAGCAUACAUGCUCAAAUGGGUACCUAGUGUCAUGGUUCAGUCGGGGUCGCAACAUGGAUAAGGUACCCAACAAAGGGGUCGGCAGUCUAGCAAUCUUUACCCAA